CUUCCUGUUUAGCAAAUGAACACAUGAGCAGCCAGUUCUGUGUGAGCAGCAAAUAUUGAACGGAAGGAACGCUUCUAGCUACGUACCGCAGAGGAAGAGUGUGGUGACAGACGGACGGAACAAUGCCUGCAGAGAAGGUGGAGGAUUCUGGGAAGGAGGAGGGAAUUUCUAACGGCACGAGCAUGGUUUAUGAAGAGAAAGAGGUAGAAGAGAGCAUCAGGCCUGAAGACCUGUCGGAGCUGCUGGCUGCAGGGACCAAGGAGUCGCACGACAAGGCGGAGAACACACAGUUCGUCAAAGACUUCCUCAGGGGCCGCAUCCGCAGGGAGCUCUUCAAGCUGGGCGCGGUGGCCCUGUACUUCACCUACACGGCCAUGGAGGAGGAGCUGGAGAGGAACAAGGACCACCCCGCCAUCGCCCCGCUCUACUUCCCUGCCGAGCUCCACCGUCACGAGGCGCUGGCCCGGGACCUGGAGUUCUUCUACGGGGAGGACUGGGAGGACCAGGUCAGCUGCUCCCCGGCCACCCGCCGCUACACGGACCGCAUCCACGAGGCGGGCGGCAGCGACCCCGCCCUGCUGGUGGCCCACGCCUACACCCGCUACAUGGGCGACCUGUCAGGGGGGCAGGUGCUGAAGAAGGUGGCCCAGAGGGCCAUGAAGCUCCCGGCCACGGGCGAGGGCCUCAACUUCUACCAGUUCGACGGCAUCCACAGCGCCAAGGCCUUCAAGCAGCUCUACCGCAGCCGCAUGAAUGAGCUGGACCUGGACGCGCCCACCAAGGAAAGGGUCGUGGAGGAGGCCAACCUGGCCUUCCAGUUCAACAUGGAGGUGUUUGCUGAGCUGGAGGAGGUGGGAAAAACCCUGCCAGAUGAAGUUCUGGAUGCAGGAAUGCCCGUUCAUGGGGACAUGCAGGGGGACAUCAGCAAAUGUCCCUACUACACUGCUAAAAUUGCGGCCAGCGGGGGAGCAUCAUACGCCUGUCAGAUGGCCACGGCCGUCCUCAGACACCCCACUGGUCAGGUCCUAUUGGCUGCCUGGGUCGCCGCGCUGGCUGGAUUGGUCGCUUGGUACCUCAUGUGACCCGGCAUCUACAGCAGCCAAUCGUAGCCCUCCAGGAAGCAAGCAAGGAUGGAUGACAGGAAGGGUAGGAUGAGGAGAGGGGUGGAGUUUAAAGACUUGGGUAAGGUUUACGGACCUAAGAUGGUUUCCGCCCCUCCCAUUUCUCAGUCCCGCCUCUUUCUGCUACCUCACUAGCCCUUCUGCCCUGUCCAGUCAUGUCCACUGACCGCUUCCCAUAGGUCCUCACAGCUGUCACUCACUCAGCCACUUCUCGGAACAGAAAUGCAAAAAAAAGUCUUCUGCAGAAAGGCAGGUAUGUUUUCUAUUUCAGAAAGGUUUUAGAGAAGCUGUUAUUGGAUUUAUAUUUUUGGUGUCAUUCUUUAUACAUCCUAUUUUCUUUUAUCGCGAGCUCCAAAACCACAGGAUGAAGGUUUAAAUUUUUUUUUAUUAUUAUUAUUAUUAAUAUUAUUAUUAUUAUUAUCAUUAUUAUUUUUUUGCUUUUGCUGGUGGCUUUUUUCUGGGGCUGAUAUGCAGUGAAAGCCAACCCUGCUCCACCAGAUGUGAGGAUUUUUGUGCAGUUCUUUGUGGUUCCCCCAGGCAGAAACCUCUCGUCAGGGUAAAAAACCGUCCAUACGGUUGCACUGAGCAGUUUCAAAGUAAAUUAAUGGCCAAGUUUUAAUCCCCAAAUACUAUGCUGUAGGCUGUGUGUUGGCUUUGAAGACGGUUAAAAUUAUUGAACCUGAGUAUAAUGCAAAUGGAAUGUCCAAUAUAUGGGCAUGUAUCCAAACCAGACAUUUUGCCCAUUCCUUCAUUCAACAAAAUCAGUGUUAUUUUACAGAUAUUGUUUUAUGUAGAUUGAUAGCAUUGUUUUUUUUGGGGAGGGUAUUUCUUGGGCGAUAUCAGGGUUUUACAUUAUUUUGUAUUAAGCACCAAAUACAGGGAGUUUGUUUAAAAACAAAGACUACUUAUUUAAUCUCUAAAAAGCAAGAUUAACAAAAAACCCCACCUUUAAGUCCCUUCCCAUUGGUUGUCCACCGUGUCCCACAGUAUAUUCAGGUUUUGGAACCACUGAUUUGAUGAUUUUAAAACCACACCGAUCGUGGUUGGGCGCGGUCAUUUGAGAUUUGAGUCGCUAAACUCACCGAUGGCUGAGGUGAAGUUGUACACAUUUCCGUGCCUGAGACUUGUAUGCACUAGGGCUCUUUUGGGUGAGUUUGAGACACUGCCCCCUAUCGCUUAGAGUUUUUCUUUAGAAGAAUGAAUGGAGCCGUUGUCAUUUGUACUUCAUAACUUGUAAUAAAAGCGCAGUAUUAGACGCGAGACGGGAAUCGUGCUCGCCUGUGUCGUGCGUACGGCGAACAGUGACCCCAUCUCCUACCGUUACCAUGGAGACACUGAGAGCAGCAAUCUGAAACCCAUCAAAUCCGUCCUGCAGACAACAACCAUCCAACAGUAAGGCUGCUCUUGCAAAAAAGAAGACUGCUCUAUUACACUCGCACAAAAGCACACUUUCAAAAGGCUUUUGUGAAACCCCACAGCGCUGCAAUGUGCUGGUACGUCUUCAUUCAGAGCCAAGAUGGCUGAUGGAGCUCGGUCCUAUUCAUCCCUUUUUUAAAUGACAUGUCGCUGUACUGUAAUGGCGGCCAUUUUAAAAUGCUGGCACUGCUUGUGAAUUGUGUGAGUUGCAGCAGCAUCGCUCAUGAAGACAUGUCUGCUCUGUCAAGGCCUUAUGAAGGUGCAUGUGAAGUGUAACCUCGUCAAUAUAUAAACCUGCUGCUCAAUGCACGGGUCAUUUCAGUAAGUAGUAUUAAUAUGCACCCACACGUGUGUAUGAUUUUAUGUUUAUGGAAAAUGCAUCGGGAAAGAAAUGGAGCCCUCUGUUCUGUUGUGUCUAAAACAGAGUUCCCUCCUUUAUCAAUAUAUCCCAGAGUUCUCUGCUGGACGUCAGAAAACGAAACGCAUCGUCAGGUUACUGCUUUCCUUCUUGCAUCCUUUUUUUUUUUCUUUUUUCCCCUCCCGCCACCAUCCAUUUUUUUCCAUUUAUGUCCUUUAAAUGGUUUGUGGUGGCUGGUGUGGCCAGAAUAACACAAGGGAAGGAGCAGCAGUUAACUAAUUGUUCUUUACUUUCACAAUGCAAAGAUAAAAUCGCUGGUACUGUCCACAGCAAAGCACAAUGCACUGUAUCGCAGGCAUCCAUCCACAAAUGCUGUUUUUUGCCGCUUGUUCAUUUUUCUUCUUAACUCUCUUAACCUGGUUGUUUUAACAGUUAUUUUCCUGUCCCCAUAGAGAGGAAUCGUGGGUAUUUACUCGGUUCAAAAGGGAGUAUGUUUAGUUUCGAAAGGGAAAUGUUCAGUUUUCUCCCAUUACUCAAAAGCAUUGCGUCCUGCAGUAGCGCUCCUCCAUUUUGAAUUUAGGAUGAAACAUAGCAUGUGUAGUGUUUUCCAAUGUCAGCAUGGCGACGCCAAUGCAUCCGGAGCCCAGUUUCAGCAACGGCAGCUGUUUGGUGAGGAGCGUUACCUGGACCAAUGGGGGUGUGUUACCAUGCGUGUGUAACGUGCCACGCUGGACCGGCCUGUCCUGGGUUUAUUUAAACAGGAAUCCUAACCCGAGUCGUUAUUGUUGGUCUGUUUAGUAUAGCUAUAAUAACAAGGAAAUAUUAACAAAAAUGCUACAGGUCUCUGCUGAGCAAAAUAAAAGUAAAAAAAAAAGUGAUUUGUGCUAACAAGAACAUACUGUAUCACCUGUGCUAUGAAAUAAAAACAUGAAAAUGGUGAAUUCUUGUACAACCA